AUGCCAUCAAAUCGUGACCGGUUCGUGAAGGCGUUCAGCGGCUUCAACGCCGUCAAGGACCCCAAUCGAAUGGAGAUGCCCAAGGAAUUUGUGCGCGAGCUCUGCCUACGGGCCCGGGAACAACUAUUACGCGAACCGGCCAUGCUCGAGCUUCAACCACCGGUCAUCAUCGUCGGCGACCUGCACGGCGUCUUCCGCGACGUGCUCAUGAUUUUUGAUCAAAACGGGUACCCGCACGUCGACGGAAAGCAAUACCUCUUCCUCGGGGACUACGUCGAUCGAGGCCCCUACUCGAUCGCAACUAUCGUCUACUUGCUCACCUACAAGCUUCUAUACCCGGACAAGAUUCAUCUGUUGCGCGGAAAUCACGAGGCGCGCUACAUCAAUGUACAAUACGGCUUCUACGCGGAGUGCAUCCAAAAAUACGGCAUGGGCGACGGGACGGCCGUCUGGGAGCUGUUCAAUACAGUCUUCAACUGUCUACCACUCUGUGCCCGCAUCCAAAAACGAAUCUUCUGCAUGCACGGUGGAAUCUCACAGCAUCAAACCGCCUGGGAGCAGUUCUCGAAGAUCCAUCGGCCAUGCUUGAUCCCGGAUUUUGGGAUUUUGUGCGAUUUGCUGUGGGCCGAUCCGCAUCCCGGGGUUGUUGGCUUCAAACAUUCCCCCCGCGGCGUCUCUUUCGUUUUCGGCGAACAUGUGGUGACCGAAUUCUGCCGAAAAUUCGACCUUGAUCUGAUCGUCAGGGCCCAUCAGGUCGUCUUGGAUGGGUACGAAUUCUUCGCAUCACGCCGCAUGGUCACAAUCUUCUCGGCAUCCAACUACUGCGGAACGUUCGAUAACGCCGGUGCUGUGCUGCUUGUAUCCGACGACCUCAAGUGCAGCUUUGCCGUUCGACGUCCCGAAGGCCACCGCACGUAUGGUGUGGAAACAAAAUCCACGCUACAAGAAAUCCAAAGCCUACACGCGGAACGGAGCAAGGAGGGCAAGCUGAAGCUCAAAAAGUUUUUAGAAAAAGGCGAGGAACGAAUGCCGCCAGUGUCCGCGUCCGAACAGCCCGCCGCCGACAAGAAGACCCCGAAAAGCCAACGAGUCACGGAAGAAAAAAGCAAU